UUCGACCCUCCUUUGCAUGCUCUCUCUCAUCUUCGCUUGAGAGUAAUCGGCCUGCCCUUCUAACCUGCAGGCAGGCAUAACUCACAGCCGACCAUCGCAAGUGGAGCUGGUGAUCGCCUGCGAGAUGGGGAAAAGGAGUGCAUAAUGCCUCCUUGCAGUGCACUCCGACCACGGCCGUAAAACAAACGCCUGUCCAUUCCUCAGUCCUACUAUCCAAGGCAACGCUGAGCAAAGCUCGCUCUCGCCGCCAUGCCCGUCGCAGGGCCAACCAACGGUAAAGUCGCAAGGUCGCCCUCGCCACCUUCAGAAGAUGGAGAACUUCCCUCUGAAUCAGAAGAGGGCGAGCUUCCUUCGGAUCACUCACCCGAACCAGGACUUGUCACCUGGCGCGUCCUCCCUUCACCGCCACGGCCGCCGCUGCCGCUUGUGGAAUACGGACACGAACGAGGGCAAAGGCACUCGCUCAGCGCUGUGCCUCCUCGAGGUGCAGCAUGGACUUUCCAUCCACCUUUGCCCACGUAUCAUGGGUCACCACCGCCGCCACCACCGCUGCCUCCCGUGCUACUUCCGCCUGGCGCCCCUCAGCCUCGGACGCCUCCAGGGCCGCCGCCGCUACCACCGCCACCUCUAGUGCCUCCAUCACAUGCGCACGCAUGGGCAGAUAGCGCUGCAUACUCGCAGUCGCAAAACCUACCGCCCGUGCACGUUUCUGCGACUCAUUCGCGGUGGCAGUAUCAGCAGCACUACACCCCACCGCUCGCAGCACCGGGGCCCCCACCCAUGCGACCGUCCGCACCAUUAUACUCGUUGAAUUACCCAACAGCGUCGAACGGAAUUUCUACUACUGAUCUGUCACCAUUUGCUCCAGUCGCUCAUCCAAUGGUACCGCUUGCUCGAUCGCCGAGUUCUUUCAUCGCAGACCAGCGACAUGCAACCGCGGGUCCGGAGGGUAGAUUCUUGAGCGAAACACAAUUCAGCCAGCAACAGCAAUCGCAAUCGCAACACCAGCAGCAACAGCACCAAAAGCAGCAACGAAAGACGAUACCUGCCAAGCUGUCGAAGGAUGCACAGGAGCAGUGGCUCAACCUCCUGGUUGUACGCGUGGAAGCGAUCAUCCUCAACCAGCAAACGCUUCCUUUUGCGCUCGGUCGAGUUUAUCCUCCUGAUGCACCUCUGCGCAUCAUCUGGCAGCCGGCGCGGCCGAAGCCGGGCAGACCAUGGCUGCACAUUCUUCCUGCGCCAGUCGGCAAGAACACCAAGCAGCGCCAUAAGCUGGACAAGCACGAUCCGCCGCAGCUGCUCGUGCGUGCUUCCGUCAAUCUGCGCGAGAUCUUUCAGGCACUCGUCCCUGAGCGGCCGGGCGAGAUGGUAGAGGGCUACUACAAGUAUUUGAAAGACAUCGCGUCAUCGUACCCCUGGGAAUUCACACUCCUCGCACUAGGCACGCUGCCAGAAGCGGAAAAGGAGGCGGAGGUGUUAAGUAAGCUCGUCGUCAAGGCUUAUGAAGAAAAGGAGAAAUUUGAUCAGGAGAAAUUGCUCGAGGCGGCAGGGCAAGCUCCGAACAUCCACGGCCCCACGAUGCCUUCCAGUCGCGAGCCGUCACAACACGUGCAGACCCUAGCAGGUCCCUCGGAAUCCUUGGCAUUCGGACCUGAACCCGGAGCGUCGCCUGCGACGACAGAGACCGAGCUGAGCCUCGCCAGGUGCCGCGAGCUUGUGCUGCGAUGCAAGCUGCUCAAUGUGGAUGCAGACUCGGUCGUACAGCAUGGCUUCGUGCCGAGCAUGGUCGCAGAGAUCGCGCAGACGCUGGGCGCACCGUGCUCUUUGCUGCCCUCCACCUCCGCUUCUGCAUCUUCCGCCGUUAGCGUGUGCACACCGCAGCCGCCAUCGCCACCCUCGCAAACUGGUCACUCGUCGCAGAAGGGAAGCACGAAACCACAGCCUGCAGCUUCGAGCACGCGGCUGAAUGCCGAGGAGCUCCGCAAGGCAGCGCUAGCUAGCAUGAAGCGCAAGACAAGUCUGAAGCCGGCGGCAGUUUUCCCUACGAAAAUUGUCAAAGAAGGAGACUCAGCUGCAGCGCCGUCGUUCGAUGAGAUCGACAAUAUGCUCUCGGAGAUCGCCCUUAAGUCCAAGCUUCGCAGCUCACGCACGCAAAGCGUUCCUUCGCAGCAGAUCGAUUCCGUCUCAGAUACUAGCGGCAUACCCCAUGUCUCUUUCGAUGGCGACGACUUUGCUGCUAGCGUCCAGCAAGUAGGCACGAGUUCUGCUGUGAUCGAUAAAACACAUACACCCUCCUUGUCCCCGCCCUUUGAUAUUGAUUCCAAUGUGCGAAUGGCCAGCCGCGCUGCCAGCGACGCAGGCGGAGGCGACGAUGGCGCCAGCGACGCUGACAGCGAGGGCACCGACGGAAUCAUGAUCAUUUCGCCACCGCUCAAACCAGUCAGUUUACCUGUUGAAACGGUACCCUCAACAUCGACAUCAGCAGUGCAUAGCAGGCAGCCGAGCCCAUUGCCCCUACGGAACAGAGGUCCUGCGUCUGCGCCUCCGCUCCCACCGCCUCCCGCAAGGCAGCUCAUGUCGUACGCGGAUAACUUCGGCGCGUUUGCAUGUGGCGCGCCUACUGGAGAGGUUGACUUCAGCGCACCCUUGCCUACCAUCGAAAGCACCCCCGCUCCUGCCCUCGCACGCGUCGACUCUGGCUCGCAACAACAAGGAGGUACGGUGAUGAAGGGCAAGAAGCGCGCUCGGCCCAGCGCAGCCGAGCUCAAUGACAGCACUCUAUCGCCGGUGCCUCUGCCACGAUCUACUCCGACUGCGACGGAUGCGCGCUUCGAUGGGGCUCUUGCAUUUCAUCGUCUCUUACCUACGACUCACCGCUACGGCCUGAAAAUGAUCAUCGAUGUGUCCAAUAGCGAGGAGGAUACCGACGACGCCGAUGAAGAAGAAGACAAUGCCGACGAACCAGAGGACGAUGUACAUCAGCGGCAUCCUACACAUGGCUAUCGCCGCCUGCGACUGGAAUGGCAAAGGACGUACUACAAGGCUUUGGUGGACCCGGACGAUGAGGAACGAGAGCAGGAAGGCAGCAACGACACGCUGGGCGCAUCGGUGGUCCUGGAAGGCGAGGCGUUGCGGUUGACCAGAAGCGUUGGCUUUUCGUCCUCGUCGUCCUCAUCAGGAACGGCCACACCAGUUUCGGCACACUUUCCAAAGGUUCAAGCGAACGCAUCUGCAGCUUUGCAGGCGCAGCAGCUGGAAGCAAAAGAAAGGGCCAUCCGAGAGAUGCGGGCCAAAAUUAUUGCGAUGCAACAGAGGAAGAAGAUAGCUGCUGCGUCUGCGUCGGGAACCACUCAGGCUUCACCUGCGCCUACGGCGACGGAUGGUGGCGUGAAGCCGUCGCAGAACGGAGCAAGCGUGACGAUGAACAAGAGUGCAGAAGAGGAAAAGAUCGCGCCGGAGGCGGAUCAUAUGCAACGUGAAUUCACUGAGCGAAAGGCGGCUCUGCAGGAGCAGCUUAGAUUAAAAGCAGAAGAGAUGAAGUUGCUUCUUAAGCGAAGGAAGGGAGCAAGGAAUGAGAAUGCGAAACAAUCGCCUUCAGGCCCGGAGCAGGGUCAGGGGCCGAGUCUCAACCCUGCAUCGGAGCUACAACUAACGCCCUCGUCUCUUCCUGUAGUCGGGAUACUGGCAGAUGCCUCAGCAGAACACGUAGGGAAGGAUAUUGCUUUAUCGGUCAAGGGGGGGAGCAGAGCGGAAGGCAGCACGGAAGAGCCCUCGCGAGAAAUGGUCAAGAAUCCCGCCAAGCUAGGCGAGUCGCAAGACUGGCCAUCCCUCCCUGGAUCGACAUCAAUGAACAGCGUUACAAAUCGUGAAAAUUCUGAGCCUCCGCAAAAAAAGAUCAAGGCCACCAAGAGCAAGGUUAACAAGAGCAAGAAGCGCCGACUCUGUGUUACCGAAGCAGAAGGGCUCGAAUGCUCCAACCCGGACUGCAAGAUGGCGCACUUCGUCGACUUUGCUUGAUAGGCCCGGCCGACGAGCCAUGACGCUCUUGUCUAGUCUACCUCUACUAACGUUCCUUUCCACCAGCAUCAACUCCAGCAUGCACCAUCAUCAAAUCAACUGGCACCUUCCCAGCAUCUUCAGCAUCCCACGGCGCGUGACAUCCAUGCUUGAGCCGAAGCCAUCCUGCGAACCUGUCGUCUCAGCCAUGACAGAGCAGAGUAGGCUGGCUCGCACCAUAAGGGGCAUCUGUACCAUUACACAUUGAAUUGCACUGCAU